AUGGAUGACAUCGAAGCCUUGCGGCGAAAGCUCCGAGAGGCUGAGAACCGCGCCCUAGAGGAGCAACGACGGCGCGAAGAGGCUGAGAACCGCGCUUUGCAGGACCAACACCGACGCCAAGUAGCCGAAGCACUCACCGCAGCUUCCCAGCCACAGAACCUUCAGCAAUAUCUCGAGACAUGUCAUUCGCUUCAUCUUGCUAUUGAGGUGGUAACAAAUCGAUCUUUGACUACGCAAGGAGAAACCACCCACCCCACUGGCCGAAUUUUCCCUCGACGAAUUAUCCCCUGGGACGAUUUUGCAAUGAGACAAGAGGAGAUCUGGAACGACCUGUCGAUUAGCGAGCUGUUUUGUGAACCAGCAUAUCCGUCUAAUCAUCAGAUGGAAUACGUCAGGUCAUUGCUCAAACCUUUUAGCAGUGAAGUUGGGCUCCGGGAUUUCGAGCGCGAUGUGGUAGAAAACGCGGUUCAGAACGCAAGGAUCUGCCCCGAAGCAGGCGCCAGCUCCCAAGUCCCGUCGCAAAGCGAGGGGAAUGGGCAAUCGGGCGGAUCAUUUUGUAUAUACAGGACUUCAGAGUGCCGAAAUGUCCCAGCCCUUGCUAUUGAGUACAAGGCACCGCACAAAUUAAGUCUCGACGAAAUCAUCACUGGUCUUGAGGCGGAAGUUCAGCCGGAACGUGAUGUGAUUAACAAGGACAGUCAGGGCUUUGUCUUGACUGCCCGACGCCUUGCCGCCGCUGUGGUCACUCAGCUCUUCUCGUACAUGAUCGGCAAGGGCAUUCAGUUUGGUUAUAUAUGCACGGGUCAGGCAUUAGUCUUGCUUCAUAUCCCGAACGAUCCUUCCACCGUCUACUUCUCGGUAUGCGUGCCAAAUCAAGAUGUAAUGGACGACGACGAGACGAGUCUCCGUUGUACAGCCGUUGCACAGGUUUUCGCUUUCAUUCUCCAGGCUCUCCACGCCAGGCCACCACCUCAGAUGUGGCAUGACGCGGCCGAGACACUCGGUAUAUGGACUGUCGAGUACGAUGAUAUUCUGAGGGAUAUCCCACCAUCGGAGCGCAAACGCAAAGAGCCACGUGCGUCUCCUUAUAGACCACAACAUUGGAAGGGCUUUAAGAGAUCCCCAAUUCGGACUCGCUCCCGCUGCCAGCAACCAGGCACCAGCGUUGAACAGCCGAAGGAGGAUGACGAAGAUCCCCCGUCGCCUACUCCAAAUCCAUCUCGCACAAGUGUUGAGGGCGCAGAUCUUGUCUGCCUGCAGCACGAAAAGGAUAUAUAUGACCACCUCCAACCCAUCCAGGGAGAGUACGUCCCUAUAUGCUUGGGCAUUAUUGUUCUGGCCAUACCAUAUUAUUAUGACAGCGGCAUUUGGGUGCAUUUCAUGUUCCUCAGUUGGGCUGGACAACCAAUUCUUGACUGUGUUGACCCGGCUAUGAAAGCAGGUAUUGCCACCGCUGUUGCCAUGGCCUACAGAGCAGUGCACAAGUUGCGCGUUCUUCACCGUGACGCACAGCCCCGUAAUAUCCUAUACAAUACGACUAGUCGUGGGUUUAUGGUUGUGGAUUUUGAGCGCGCGGAGUUCCACUGUCGCCGGCCGUUGGUCUCAAUUGAGCCGAACCUGAAUCGGAAGAGAAAGCGUAGGGCAGUACAGAAACAAAAGAAGAACGACUUUGCGAGAGAGCUGGAGUCUGCCGUGGCAAAUGCAUUAAGUUGUGUCGUGAACUUACCCUUUUGA